AUGGAUACACUCUAUGAUGAUUUAAUGAGUCUUUGUUCUCUGGAUGAUACUUUCUAUUACAAAGAUAUUCGUUUAUAUUCAGUUAAAUAUCGUAUAUUCAAUUAUCGUCUCUGUUCUUACGCAACAUUUCAGUCUCGUACAGCAGCCUUGAAUUGUCGUGGAACGAUGUUCAACAUGACGAAUCCGAAAAAUGUACAACUUGUUUCUUUACCACUAGAGAAAUUUUUUAAUUAUGAAGAAGGUUUUGGUCAAAAACAAUAUCAUGAACGUGGUCGAUUAGGGGACAAAAUGGAGAAAAUGGAUGGCACAUUGAUAUCAACAUUUUUACAUGGAACAGCUUCGAAAGAACUUCGACUCAAAUCAAAACAAUCAUUGACAUCAAAGCAAGUUGUGGAAGCGAUGCAACUACUUGUUGGUAUGUAA